ACUGUCCAUCUAAGAUGAGUCUCCCAGAAGAAGAGAGCGUAAGAUCAGGCUCACAUGUGUUCAGCUCUGUGUCUGUGAAGAGUGACUGUUCACAUGAUCUUCCACCAAAAUUCAGUGAGAAAACACCAUCAUCACCUACCAAAAGUGUAAGAUCAGGCUCACAUGUAUUCAGCUCUGUGUCUGUGAAGAGUGACCAUUCAAUAAUAUUUGAACCACCAGAAUUCAGUGAGGAAACAAUAUCAUCUACCAAAAGGUAUUUCACGUGUCUCUUGUUGUUGAUCUCACAGACUCAUACGUUUAAUUUGUUCUACUGCUUUUUUGUAUGUUUUUUUUAGGAUCUUGAGAACAAAAUAAUCGUAUUUCUGAAAAAUGAGUUGGAAAAGUUGAAGAAAAUAUUACAAAAAGAGAACACACAGUACUUCGUGCAAGACUUCAAUGAGGGCAUGUGCAGUAUCAAAGAAGCAGCUCUGGAUAUCACACUCUACUUCCUAAGAGAUAUGAAGCAAGAUAAACUUGCAGAUACUCUAGAGGAUGAGCUCGUCCUCAUUCAUCAGCGACAGUUGAAAUCAAACCUGAAGAGGAAGUAUCAAUGUGUGUUUGAAGGAAUUGCAAAACAUGGUGAUUCUACACUUCUGAAUAACAUCUACACAGAUAUUUAUAUCACUCUGGGUGGUAGUGAACAGGUCAAUACUGAACAUGAAGUAAGACAGAUUGAGGUUGCUUUCAGACGUCAUGAAUCACAAGAGAUACAGGUUGAAUGCACAAAUUUGUUUGAAGCACCUGAACAAGACAAGGAGAUCAGAACUGUACUAACAAAAGGAGUUGCUGGCAUCGGAAAAUCAGUCUCUGUGCAAAAGUUUGUUGUGGAUUGGGCUGAAGAAAAAGAAAAUCAGGAUAUCAGCUUUGUAUUUCCUCUUCCUUUCCGGGAGAUGAACUUAAAGGAGGAAGAAAACCAAAGCUUGAUGAGCCUUGUAAGUCAGUUUUUCCCUGAGACAAAAGGACUGAAUCUUACAAGAAGGAAUCAGUUCAAAGUCCUGUUCAUCCUUGAUGGAUUGGAUGAAUGCCGUCUUCCUCUAAACUUUGAGGGUAAUGAGACAUGGCGUGAUGUCUCGUCACCAGCCUCUCUGGAUGUUCUCCUCACAAACCUCAUCAAGGGAAAUCUGCUUCCUUCUGCUCUCAUCUGGAUCACCACCAGACCAGCAGCUGCCAGUAAGAUUCCUCCUGACUGUAUCGACCGGCUGACAGAGAUACGAGGAUUCAAUGAUGCACAAAAGGAGGAGUACUUCAGAAAAAGAUUCACAGAUGAGAAUCAGGCCAACAAAAUUGUUGAUCUUGUUAAACAAUCAAAGAGUCUCUUUAUCAUGUGCUACAUCCCAGUCUUCUGCUGGAUUUCAGCCACUGUUCUCCAGAGCAUUUUGGAAAUGAAAAGAAAAAAUUAUAUGAAAAAUGCCAAGAUUGUUGAUGCUUCAAAUGCUGAAGACACUCCCAAGACUCUGACACAAAUGUACACACACUUUCUCCGCUUUCAGAUCCAGCAGAGCAGACGGAAGUAUGAUGUUUCCUGGGAUAAAGAUACCAUCCUUUCACUGGGAAAACUGGCAUUUCAACAGCUGGAAAGAAACAACCUAAUCUUCUAUGACACAGAUCUGGAAGCCUGUGGUAUUGAUGUCUCUAAAGCAUCAGUGUAUUCAGGCAUGUGUACCCAGAUCUUUAAGGAGGAUACAGGGAUCAUUCUUGGUACCAUGUACUGCUUUGUUCACUUGAGCAUUCAAGAGUUCAUUGCAGCCCUUUAUGCACAUUUGUUUCUAGACAUCAACAACCAAAGUGUCUUUGAUCAAGACUCCACAGAACAGGAAAACAAAAGUGAAACCUUGACUGAUUUGCUCAAGACUGCAGUGGACAAGGCACUUGAGAGUGACAGUGGACACCUGGACCUUUUUCUUCGAUUCCUCCUCGGUCUGUCACUUGAGUCCAGUCGUCCACUUUUAAGAGGUCUGUUAACUCAGCAAGACAGCAAUGACCAGAGCUGCAAGGAAAUAGUUCAGUACAUCAAGCAGAAAUUAGACUCUAAUCUAUCUCCAGAGAGAUCCAUCAAUCUGUUUCAUUGCCUGAAUGAACUGAACGACCAAACUCUGGUGAAAGAGAUUCAAAGCCAACUUAACAAAGGAAGUCUCUCAUCUUCUGAUCUUUCUCCUGCCCAGUGGUCUGCUGUGGCCUUUGUGUUGUUGACGUCAGAGGAAGAGCUGGAGGAGUUUGAUCUACAGAAAUUCAAGAAAUCAGAUGAGUGUUUCUUUAGACUUUUGGAAGUUGUCAAAACCUCCAAAAGAGCUCUGUUAAAUGAUUGUGACUUAACAGACAGAAGCUGUUCAGCUCUGGCUCCAGUUCUUGUAUCAGACUCCAAUCUGAAAGAGCUCAAUAUGAACAAUAAUAACCUGCAGGAUUCAGGAGUGAAGAAACUCUGCAUUGGACUGAAAAGUAUAAAUUGUAAAUUAGAGACACUGAGACUCUCUGAGUGUAAUGUAACAGAAGAAGGUUAUAAAGCUCUGGCUUCAGCUCUGAGAUCAAACCUUUCACACCUGAUAGAGCUGGAUCUCACAGGAAAUGAUCCUGGACCAUCAGGAGUAAAGCAGCUCAAUGAUUUACUACAGGAUCCAAACUGUCAACUGAAGACACUGAGGUUUUUGAGUCCUGCUGCAGAUGAAGCCUGUCAGUAUGUGACUGGAAUUGUGGGUAAAAACCCGUUACUUCUGAGAGAGCUGAAUCUGAGUGAACGUGAACUAGGAGACACACGAGUGAAUCAGAUCUCUGCUCUACUGCAGGAUAAACACUGUAAACUUAAAACACUUCAUCUGCGUAAGUGUGGUCUAACAGAGGAAAGCUGUUCAGCUCUCGCUACAGUCCUGAGAUCAAACUCCAGUCUGAAAGAACUUGACAUGAGCAACAAUAAUCUGCAGGAUUCAGGAGUGAAGAAACUCCAGAAUGGACUAGAAAAUAUAAACUGCACACUGGAAAAACUUGGACUUUCAGACUGCAGUAUCACUGAAGAAGGUUAUCUAGCUCUGGCUUCAGCUCUGAGAUCAAACCCUUCACACCUGAUAGAGCUGGAUCUCACAGGACAUGAUCCUGGACCAUUAGGAGUGAAGCAGCUCAAUGAUUUACUACAGGAUCCAAACUAUCAGCUGAAGACACUGAGGUUUUUGGGUCCUGCUGCAGAUGAAGCAUGUCAGUAUGUGACUGGAAUUGUGGGUAAAAACCCGUUACUCCUGAGAGAACUGAAUCUGAGUGAACAUGAACUAGGAGACACACGAGUGAAUCAGAUCGCUGCUCUACUGCAGGAUAAACACUGUACACUCAACACACUUCAACUCUCUAACUGCAGUAUCACAGAAGAAGGUUAUAAAGCUCUGGCUUCAGCUCUGAGAUCAAACCCUUCACACCUGAUAGAGCUGGAUCUCACAGGAAAUGAUCCUGGACAAUCAGGAGUGAAGCAGCUCAAUGAUUUACUACAGGAUGGACAUUAUCAAUUGAAGACAAUCAGGUUUCUGAAAAGUGCUGCUGCACUCGAAGCGUGUAAGUAUCUCACUAAAGUUCUGGGUAAAAGUCCAUUAUUACUGAAAGAACUGGAUCUGAGUGACGAUAAAAUUGGAGAUCUGGAUGGAGAGAAACUCUCUGCUCUUUUAAUGGACUCUCAUAGUAAAGUGGAGAAAAUGAAGCUGAAUAAUUGUAAGCGGACAGAGAAAAGCUGUUCAGUUCUAGCUACUGUUCUCUCCUCCAAAACCAUCCUGAAAGAGAUGAACCUGAACAACAGCCGUCUGCUGGACUCAGGAGUCAAAGAGAUCUGUGAGGGACUGAAGAAUCCUGUGUGUGAACUGAAGAUACUCAAGCUUUCAGACUGCAGUAUCACUGAAGAAGGUUAUAAAGCUCUGGCUUCAGCUCUGAGAUCAAACCCUUCACACCUGAUAGAGCUGGAUCUCACAGGAAAUGAUCCUGGACAAUCAGGAGUGAAGCAGCUCAAUGAUUUACUACAGGAUCCAAACUGUCAGCUGAAGACACUGAGGUUUUUGAGUCCUGAUGCAGAAGAAGCCUGUCAGUAUGUGACAGGAAUUGUGGGUAAAAACCCGUUACUCCUGAGAGAACUGAAUCUGAGUGAAAAUGAACUAGGAGACACACGAGUGAAUCAGAUCUCUGCUCUACUGCAGGAUAAACACUGUCAACUCAACACGCUACAGCUGCGUGGUUGUGGUCUAACAGAGGAAAGCUGUUCAGUUCUUGCUACAGUCCUGAGAUCAAACUCCAGUCUGAAAGAACUUGACAUGAGCAACAAUAAUCUGCAGGAUUCAGGAGUGAAGAAACUCCAGAAUGGAUUAGAAGAUACAAACUGCACUCUGGAGAAGCUUGGACUUUCAGACUGCAGUAUCACUGAAGAAGGUUAUAAAGCUCUGGCUUCAGCUCUGAGAUCAAACCCUUCACACCUGAUAGAGCUGGAUCUCACAGGAAAUGAUCCUGGACAAUCAGGAGUGAAGGAGCUCAGUGAUUUACUACAGGAUCCAAACUGUCAACUGAAGACACUGAGGUUUUUGGGACCUGAUGCAGAUGAAGCCUGUCAGUAUGUGACUGGAAUUGUGGGUGAAAACCCAUUACUCCUGAGAGAACUGAAUCUGAGUGAAUGUGAACUAGAAGACACACGAGUGAAUCAGAUCUCUGCUCUACUGCAGGAUAAACACUGUAAACUCAACACACUGAUUCUGAAUAACAGCGAUAUCACAGAAGAAGGUUGUCGUGUUCUGGCUGCAGCUCUAAAUUCAAAUCCAUCCAAUCUGAAAGAGCUGAAUCUGAGUAAGAAUAAACUAGGAAACUCAGGAAUGAAGAUUAUGUUGACUCUGUUUGAAAAUGUACAGUGUAGACUGGAAAAGCUGAAGUUGAACUGCAUCAGUAUUACAGGUGACGGUUGUGCUGCUCUGGUAUCAGCAUUUAAUUCAAACCUCAGAGAGCUGGAUCUGAGCGAAAAUCAACUAGGAAACUUAGGAGUAACGGAAAUCUCCAGUGUGCUGAGAAAUUCACAAUGCAAACUACAGAUACUCAGACUUUCAGACUGCAGUAUCACUGAAGAAGGUUAUCUAGCUCUGGCUUCAGCUCUGAGAUCAAACCCUUCACACCUGAUAGAGCUGGAUCUCAGAGGAAAUGAUCCUGGACAAUCAGGAGUGAAGGAGCUCAAUGAUUUACUACAGGAUCCAAACUGUCAACUGAAGACACUGAGGUUUUUGGGUCUUGCUGCAGAUGAAGCCUGUCAGUAUGUGAAUAGAGUUCUGGGUGAAAACCUGUUACUCCUGAGAGAACUGAAUCUGAGUGAACGUGAUCUAGGACUCUCAGGAUUGAACAAACUUGCUGCUGUACUGCAGGAUAAACACUGUAAACUCAACAAACUGAUGUUUAAUUGCAUCAGUAUUACAGAAGAUGGUUGUGCUGCUCUGGCAUCAGCAUUUAAUUCAAACCCUUCAAACCUGAUCGAGCUGGAUCUGAGUGGAAAUAAACUAGAAAACUCUGGAGUGACUGAAAUCUCCAAUCUACUGGGAAACUCUCAGUGCACAUUGCAGAUACUCAGACUUUUAGACUGCAGUAUCACUGAAGAUGGUUAUAAAGCUCUGGCUUCAGCUCUGAGAUCAAACCCUUCACACCUGAUAGAGCUGGAUCUCACAGGAAAUGAUCCUGGACAAUCAGGAGUAAAGGAGCUUGAUGAUUUACUACAGGAUCCAAACUGUCAGCUGAAGACACUGAGGUUGUUGGGUCCUGCUGCAGAUGAAGCCUGCCAAUAUGUGAUUAAAGUUCAGGGUGAAAACCCGUUACUCCUGAAAGAGCUGAAUCUGAGUUUACAUGAACUAGGAGACACACGAGUGAAUCAGAUCGCUGCUCUACUGCAGGAUAAACAUUGUAAACUCAACGCACUGAUUCUGUGUGGAUGCCAUAUUACAGAGAAACAGUGUUUCAUCCUGACUUUAGCUCUGAAAUCAAACCCAUCACACCUGAGAGAACUGGACCUGAGUGGAAAUAAAAUAGAAAACAAAGGAGUGAAGCACUUAUGUGAUUUACUGAUUGAUUUCCGCUGGAAAAUGGAGAGACUGAGGUUAAGAGGCUGUGAUAUGACAGAUGAAGGAUGUUCUGCCCUGACUUCAGCUCUAAAAUCAAACGCAUCACACCUGAGAGAGCUGGACCUGAGUGAGAAUAAACUAGGAGACUCUGGAUUUGAAAACAUUAGCAAUCUAUUGAUGAACCCACAAUGCAAGCUGGAAAUACUAGCUCUGUGUAAAUGCAGUAUUAAAGAGAAGCAGUGUGUCUUCCUGACUUCAGCUCUGAAAUCAAACCCAUCACACCUGAGGGAACUGGACCUCAGUGGAAAUGUACUUAAACACACAAGAGUGAAUAAAUUGUAUGAUAUACUGAAGGAUUCACGAUUUAAACUGGAAAGAUUGAGGUUAAGGUACUGUGCUAUAAAAGCUGAAGAUUGUUCAACUCUGACUUCAGCUCUGAAAUCAAUGUCAUCACACCUGAGAGAGCUGGCCUUGAGUGGGAAUGAAAUAGGCCAGUUGGGAGCAACAAACCUCAGUGAUCUACUGAUGAACCCCCAAUGCAAGCUGGAAAAACUAGAUUUGUGUAGAUGCAGUAUUACAGAGAAACAGUGUCUCAUCCUGACUUCAGCUCUGAAAUCAAACCCAUCACACCUGAGAGAGCUGAACAUCAGUGUGAAUCACCUAGGAGACUCUGGAGUUGAAAACCUUGGUGUUCUGUUGGGCAGUUCACAAUGCAAACUGGAAAAACUACAUCUGUGUGGAUGCAGAAUUACAGAGAAACAUUGUUUCAUCCUGACUUCAGAUCUGUGUUCAAACCUUUCACACCUGAGAGAGCUGGACCUCAGUGGGAAUAAAAUAGAAAACAAAGGAUUGCAGAUCCUGUGUGACAUAAUGAAUAAUUCACACUGUAAACUAGAGAGAUUGAGUCUAAAUGACUGUGGCAUUACAGAUGUUGCUUGUUUGGCUCAGUCUUUGGCUGAAACAAAAGUACUGCUGUUUUUAAAAGAGCUUGAUCUGAGUAACAAUAAAAUAGGAGACUCAAAGCAGCAGCUCAUUGAUGUGCUGCAAGACUCAAACUGUGAACUGAACCUGGAGAAAGAACAUUUGCUCAGCUGGAGAGCUGGUGUGAACUACAUUGGUAGCUUUGGUGGGUGGUUAACAUCCUGGUCUAAAGCUCAGGAGGAUCCUGUGGAAUCAACAGAACAAGAAAAGGUCACCGUUAGAUGAGGAAUUCUCAGAAGGUUCUCCAUUUAGUACUGUAAUAAAUCUGUGGUGGUAAUUUUGCCGAGAUGUUGCUAAACUGCAAUUAAGAAAUACAAAAAUGCCAAACUUACAGCUACUACAACUUCAAAUAGCUGCUUAACAAAUCGAAAGUUUACUGGUUGGAAAGGCUCAGACCUUCAAAUGAAAUAAUGCAGUAUUAAUAGAAGCAUGCGAGUAAUGUUAAAUGUUUAUUGUUAAUUUAGUAUUCAGUUUAAGGUCUACAUAAUAAUGAUGGUGGCUGGGUUUAUUUGAGAGAUGAAGAAGUGUAUCAGGACUGGAUCAAAUGCUUUGAUGAGCCUGUUGGAUAGGUGCUGCACCCUUAGACUUUCUGUCCCUCUUUCUGACUGAUGACUUCUGGAACCUCAUUACAAAUGAAACCAACAGAUAUGCUCAUCAGUUUCUAAACUCCCAACAGCUGAAACCCAAUUCCAGAUUUCCUGAAUGUUUCCUGAAUAUUACUGAUGAACUGAUCAAAAAGUAGGCUACUGUUCU